GCAGCACUGGUUCACGCUAGCAAGAAGAAGCGAACGCUCUAGCUCAGUUUGCCACAAUCACAAUUUCAUUCUUUAGUUUUUUGGUUUCUCGUUUAAUACAAAACAAAUGCAAGCAAGUGCAAAACCACAGCAGACCACUACACACCCAGUUGCAUAAAUUUUACGUCAAUUAUAGAUCUGCACACAAUAAUACAAGACUUUCAGUUAUUUACCGAAUGCCGUACUCACCAUAACAAAAACAACUGAUGACCGAGCUACGUACACACAAAUAAUAUACAUACAAAAUUAAAUAGAUACGUACAGACGUGGAUGAAGGAACAGCAAACAAACUGAAACCGAAUUUCAAUCCGUAACCAAUUCUUCCAAGGCAGCAGCUGUGCAUACAUACACAGACACGCAGGCACACGCACACGCACACGUAGCUCAACUACACACACUAUAUAUAUAUAUAUAAAUAUAUAUAGAAAACCACCGACUGUGCACAAAUGGAUAUAUCAGCAUCAACUUCAAGCGACUCGACAAUGGGAACACCGGAACAGAGGAGCAAAUCGUAUAUUGGCGAUAGCACGUUCUACGACAGCGCCCUGGAUCAUCAACUAUCCUCAGCAACGGCAAAUUAUACAUCCUGCAAUGAAAGCCUAAACGGAGACUUCAAUCAGAGUGCAGGAAACACAAAUUAUGGCCACAAAGUGCUGAACGCUGAGAAUUUCGAUGUUCACAACGGAAACGGAAAUGGAAAUGGCAAUUUAGAGGAAAUAGCGGCUUUUAACACCUAUGGUGUGCCGUCUUCUGUCUCCCAUUCAUCAAAUGCUGCAGCAAUUAAUGCCAGCAUGCUGCUGCUGCAAUCCGAGAGCACCGAUACAAACACCUCACAGGAGGAGGUCGAUCCAAAGUCUCAGCUGGCCAAUAAGACAAUAUUUAAGACCGAUAAUCCCAAUUUGUCAAUUAUAGAAAUAAAUGAGAAUUCGAUUAAGGAGGAGGAUCUCGAGAAGGAGGUGGUACUAAUUGAGCAACUCUCCACCGACGAUAACAAUGAGGCCGUCGAAAAGGUCAAAAACAUAUUGAAAAAGUCGCCCAACAAGGUGGCCGACAAUGCCACAGACAAGCGACGCCGCAAAACGGACACCCUGCUGCAGUCCAGCAAACAAAAAUUGGACAUAUCAAUAGCUGAGGCAUCUGCAGCAGCGGAUGGAGUUAACGAUCGGCAACUGCAGCUGGCACAGCCGACUGUGGCCAUCAUCGAUCAACCGCAAACUAAACGUGAAAUUGUGAUCUACGAUACUUUGGAGGAAUUCGAUCAAAAUUUACCCUCGACUGUGACCCUAUUGAAUACACCGUUCGGCAGCAAGGUCUACUUGGUGGGCACGGCGCAUUUCAGCGAGGAAUCACAGGAUGACGUCUCCUAUGUCAUUCGCAAUGUCCGUCCAGAUGUCGUCAUGGUGGAGCUGUGUCCCUCCCGUGUACACAUACUCAAACUCGAUGAGAAGACGCUGCUGGAGGAGGCCAAGAAUAUCAAUAUACCCAAGAUACGUGGCAUUCUUCAGACGCAUGGCUAUAUCAAUGGCAUCUUCUUUAUUCUGUUGCUGCAGAUGAGUGCACAAAUUGCCAAGGAUUUGGGCAUGGCACCGGGCGGUGAGUUUCGUCGCGCCUUCGAGGAGAUACACAAGCUGCCCGGCUGCAUUUUGCACUUGGGCGAUCGACCCAUACGCAUCACACUUUAUCGUGCUCUGCGCGCUCUGUCGUUGUGGCAGACCAUGAAGCUGGUGUGGCGUCUCACUUUCACGGACAGCAUUAGCAUCGAGGAGGUGGAGGAGUGCAAGAAGCAAGAUCUACUUGAGAAACUUAUGCAAGAAAUGGCUGGUGAAUUUCCUGCCUUCUCAGAUGUAUUUGUGCGCGAACGUGAUCUCUAUUUGUGUCACUCAUUGCAAUUGGCGGCAUUACCGCAAGCGGCACCCGGUGCCCAUCAAGUGCGUCCCGUCCGAGUCGUUGGCGUCGUUGGCAUCGGACAUGCCAAUGGCAUUGCCAAGAUGUGGGGCCAAGUCGAUCCCGAGAAGAUACCGGCCAUACUAGAAAUACCACAGGCCAGCCUCAGUCAGCGGCUGUGUACAAAUACAUUAAAGUAUGGACUACUCGGACUGGGCGCCUAUGGGGCCUUUCGUUUCAUGCGGCCGCGUCUGACGCGUUUCUUUUAGUUUCCAUUCAGAUGCAUGUUUUUCUAUAUAUAUUUGUUGAAUUUAUUUUCGUUAUUAAGUGACAAGCCCGGCAGCACUUGAAAUGGGCAUUGAAAACAUGAUAAGUAUUGUGAGUAGUACUUGAUGCUUUUGAUAGAAAGUGUUUAUACGCAAUCACAAAUAUAAAUAUAUAUAUGUAUGUACAUAUAUAUAUAUACUUAAAGAAAAGACAUUCAAACAUAUUCCUGGUUUUAAAAACCCAACAAAAAUGAAACUAUCAAAAUGAAAAUAGAUACGCACAGGUACACGAGAUAUAUAUCAAUAUAUAUGUAUAUAGUUGUGUACUGGGCUAUAGAUAUCGCGACUGUGAAUACGAUUAUAUCAAUUCAUAUUCAAUUGUUUUACAAAAGGACUUAAUUUUAAACUGUUGCUGCAUAGUUGUUAAAGAAACAUCACGCCAAGAAUACUUUCUAUAUAUUAAUAUGAUUACUAUUAGUUUUUUUUUUUUUUUACCAGUUAGAACUCGUAGUUGCAGGAUUAAAUGGUUUCUGGACAGGCUACAAGAACAAAAGACAAGACAACUCGAAUGCUUAUUGCAUGAGACAUAAAAAAUUUUUUUGAACAAAACUCUAUGUGUGAACGUGCCCGAGCCCAUAAACAACUGGAAACACUUUAUCUUUCGACUUAAUCCAUAUGUAUGUAAAUGUUAUUCAUUCCGUAGUAGAAAAACUCUGAAAUUUUUAGACACUAAGUGGAAACGUGAUGGACCUUCGAUAUUGGAAGUAUGUAUGGCCGUGUGUUAAAUGUUGCAUAUUAUAUUGAGGAAUUUUACAAUACAAAAAAUUAAAAAAAAAAAAAAGAUUUAAACUAAAAACACAACAAAAAAGAACCUACCUAGAUGUACUUUACUAACAACAAUAACUACAAAUACAUAUUUGAACUGUAUGGU